AUGCCUGUCUCAUCAUCGAAGGCCGCUCGGUUGGCUAAGAAGGCUGAGAAGGCCGCAGAGAAGGGAGAGAAGCCCAAGACCGCCGCAUCCAAGUUGUCAUCGAAAGCCACUUCGAAGUCUGCAUCACAAGUCAACAGCGAGGCUUCCUCGGUAAACGGUGACGAUGACCCACCAAUGGUCGACGCAGACGAGGAGGCCGGAGACGGUGAGAAGAUGGACAAGGUCCGACAGUUGGGCGAACAAAUGGACAAAUUCGGUCUUUCCGAUCGGGUUACCACUGGUGUUUUGGCUUCCAUGGAGGCGAGCAAAGAUGUCAAGAUCACUUCCACAUCGCUUGUGUUCCAUGGCAAGGUUUUAAUUACAGACUCUACACUCGAAAUCAAUUAUGGCCGCAGAUAUGGACUCUUGGGAGAAAACGGUUGUGGAAAGUCAACAUUGCUCAAGGCGAUUGAUAAGCGCGAAUACCCCUUCCCCGACCACGUCGAUAUUUACCUAUUGAACGAAGGUGCGCCUCCCACAGAUCAGGGUGCUUUAGAAUGGGUUGUUAAGGAGGCGCAGAAAGAAGUGGAUCGAUUAGAUACACUCGCCGAGCAAAUUCUGGAACAAGACGGCCCGGAAUCGCCCCAGCUCAUGGACGUCUACGAAAGAUCAGAAGCCAUGGACCCAAGCACUUUCGAAGUCAGGGCAUCCCUGAUUCUGACUGGUCUAGGUUUCAAUAAGAAGACAAUCAAUAAGAAGACCAAGGACAUGUCAGGUGGCUGGAGGAUGAGAGUCGCUUUAGCCAAAGCACUGUUCGUGAAGCCAUCGCUGCUCCUACUCGAUGACCCUACCGCACAUUUGGAUCUCGAGGCAUGUGUGUGGCUCGAAGAGUAUUUGAAGAAGUGGGACAAAACACUGAUAUUGGUUUCGCACUCUAUGGAUUUCUUGAAUGGUGUCUGCACAAACAUGAUCGAUAUGAGACAAAAGUCUUUGAUGUACUACGGUGGUAACUACGACUCGUACAUCAAGACACGAUCUGAGCAGGAAACGAAUCAACAGAAGGCAUACGUCAAACAGCAGGACGAAAUUGCGCAUAUCAAGAAGUUCAUCGCUUCCGCAGGUACAUAUGCCAAUCUAGUCAAGCAAGCCAAAUCUCGACAAAAGAUUCUCGACAAGAUGGAAGCAGACGGCUUCAUUCAACCUGUUCACCAGGAUCGAGUAUUCACCUUCAGAUUUGCAGAUGUUGAGAAGUUGCCUCCGCCCGUGAUGGCAUUCGACGACGUGACCUUUAGCUACUCCGGCAGGCCAGAUGAUACACUGUACGAGCAUCUAGACUUCGGCGUCGACAUGGACAGCCGAACAGCACUGGUUGGCCCCAAUGGUGUUGGUAAAUCCACUUUACUCAGACUUAUGACUGGCAAGGUCUCACCAAACUCUGGCAACAUCAACCGACACACACAUUUGAAGCUUGGCAUGUAUUCACAGCACUCUGCUGAACAGCUCGAUCUGACGAAAUCCUCUCUUGAUUUCGUUCGUGACAAGUAUCCAAAUAAGUCCCAGGACUACCAAUACUGGCGACAACAGCUCGGCAGAUAUGGCCUUUCUGGUGAUUCACAAACAGCGCUGAUGGGCACCCUUUCCGAAGGUCAGCGGAGUCGUGUUGUCUUUGCUCUUCUAGCUAUCGAGAGUCCGAACAUGUUACUGCUCGACGAACCGACCAACGGUCUGGAUAUUCCAACUAUUGACUCUCUGGCAGAUGCCAUCAAUGCAUUUGAGGGUGGUGUCGUCGUUGUCUCUCACGAUUUCAGAUUACUCGACAAAAUUGCCAAGGAGAUCAUGGUGUGUGAGAACAAGACCAUCACUAGAUGGGAAGGCUCAAUCGGUGAAUACAAGAACUACUUGAGAAAGAAGAUGGUACAAGCAGGAGCUGUUUAA